UUGAUGAGUUUGUGGUGUGUCAAUCAGCUGGAUGAGUGCAAGAGAACUCUGUGCGAAAAUCCAUCCUCCAUCCCUUGAUCCCUUGAUCCCUUGAUCAGUCCCAAGUCAGUCCCAAGUCAGUCCGGAUGAGUUCGAACCUGUGUUGCUGCUCGCCGUGUCGUCCGACCUUCCGGAAGCAUGUGGAUAACAUCUACCCGUCGGUGCCGGAGGAGGGUCUGGUCCAGACCAAGAUGGACACGUUGGUGUACUACGCGGCCCGCUCGCCCGAGAAACUGGAUCGCAUCGGCGAAUAUCUCGAGCAACGCAUUUCGCGCGACAUCUACCGCAAUCGCCGGGGCUACGUGUUCAUCGGCAUGGAGGCCAUGGACCAGCUCAUCAAGAGCUGUCACAUCAACACCAUCAAUCUGUUCGCCGAGUCGUUCCUGAAGACGGUCCAGAAACUCCUGGAGAGCCCGGAUCCCGAGCUGCAAAUCCUGGCCUCGCAAUCCUUCAAGAAGUUCUCCGAGAUCAAGGAAGACGCGCCCUCCUAUCAUCGCAGCUACAACUUCUUCAUCGAGCGAUUCGCCCAGAUGUGUCACAGUGACUAUCCGGACGCGGUCUUGCGGCGCGAACUCCGCCUGUCCGGCUUGCAGGGCCUCAAUGGCGUCAUUCGCAAGACCGUCAACGAAGAUUUGGCCGAGAACAUCUGGGAUCCCAAGCACAUGGAGAAGAUCGUGCCUUCCUUGCUGUACAACAUCGAUCCGGCCCAAUUGGAGGGGCGGGGCGAUCGGGAGACGCCGGAUUUGGGCACGUCCAUCGGCGAUGCCAAGAGUCCGUGUUGGGUGGCCGACGAGAUCUUGCGCGAACUCGUCCAGUCGGCCUCGUUUGGCUCGAUCAAGGCCAUCUUGCGGCCCGUGUUGCAGUUCAUGCAGGACCACGAUCUGUGGGAUGAGUCCGGCCAUCCCCGGGCUACCCACACCUUCGAGGCUAUCAUGUACUCGAUCCACAUGGAUUUGUCCUACAAAGUCAUCGACAAGCUCAUGAGCGAGCUGGACUUGCCCACCAAUAGCUUGGUGCAAAAGGCCAGCAUCGCCAUCGUCUUGUCCCAAAUCAUCGGCAUCGGCGUGGGCGACUCCACCGUGGGUCCGGCUGUUUUGGAGAUCAUCAAUGACCUACUCAAGCAGCUCAAGAAAUCGGCCGAGAAGGAGAAGACCUACGACCAAUCGAGUUCCAACCCCAAGCAACUCCUCCAACACGCCCUCUUGGACGCCUUGGGUCAAUAUGCCAGCAAGAUGCCCGACUUCCAAAUGAUCGAGAUCAUGACGUUCAUUCUGAGCAAAGUGCCGCAUGAUUCACGGGCUGAUCACGAGCAGCAACUCAUUCUCAUGAAGGCCCUCUUCUGUGUGGCCGAAAAACACACCCCCACCCUGUUUUCCACCACGUUCUCGCCGCAAUUGCUGACCACGUUGAUGCGGCUGUUGCAAGCGCCCGAUCAGGAUGUGCGUCUCCUUGUGCUCCAAACCUUCCAGAUCCUGGUGGAUCGUCACAGUAAUCGCGAAAAGUUGGCCAAACCCACACUCGAGCCUCGGAAUAUGGCUCUGGAAGGCUAUCCGAACAAGUUCAACCGAUCGGAUCAGAUCUUCGUGCAGAAGAGCCUGUUCAACGUGUUCCAGCAUUUCAAACGCGUCUUGGAGGAACAAAGUAACACCAUCGAGUUCAUCGAAGCCAUCUACACCACUUGCGCUCUUCUCCAUAUCGAGACGUCGGCCACGGACGAAAGUGCUCUCUACUUGCUCGACUUGAUCGAAUCGGUCCAAGGAAUUGCCAUCAAGAACAUGAAUUUGAGCACGGAGAACCGCUUCGCUCUGCAUGCCAUCGCCAUUUGCUUCCUUAGUCUCCUGGCCACCACGGUUCAGAGUACGGAAUUGGACGUGUAUCUCGAUGGGAUCGUCCAGUCUCGCGAUGCCAAAGCGCCUCAUAUGUUGCCGCCGCUCAGUGAGGAGUAUCAUCCCGGAUUAGACCCCAACACUCCCGAAGAGGACAUUCUCAUCGACUCCAUUCAAGUGAGAGAAGCUUUGAAGAAUGCCGGGAAGGACGUGCAACGCAUGGAUUCGUUGCCCAGGAGGAAAUCCCCCUCUCGAAAUUCGUGGCCGGAGCAGCGCGAGCAAUACUUGAAUUCCAAUUCAUCCAGCCGCCGCCCGUCCACGAUUUCUAGCGAGUCCGUCAAUGGCGUGGAUUACCAUAGCUCUUGCUCCAGUCCGGGCAUCAUUCGCAAGCCGUUUGGCGAGGAUGUGUCCAUUGCCGCCUUCAAGAAAGUGCUUGAAGGUCCUAGUCAGGUGGAAAAGGAAGCCGAAGUGGCGCGCAAAAAAGAGAUGCAACAGGUUUACUUGAACGCUACACUCGAGGAAAUCAUGAUCAAGACCGCUAAAGAUGGACCUGAGCUUCGAGAUCUUCUCAACGAUGUCUUUAGCCGGGUCUCUUUCAGCGAACUUAUUCCUUUGACCACGGAUGCACGUGAUCCCGAGGAGGUCCAUGAGCCUCGUAAGAAGUCAAUUAUGGCCUGCCGAGAUCCCUACAAUCGAUUAUUUCCAGAGUUGUUCAUGUACUAAUUGUCUCAUAGUCGAUAAAUUAUCUCAAGUCUCAAGAUAUCCCCCCCCCACUUAUGAUUUAUAUGGAGUUUCUUUAGAAUAUAAUUGAUUUUGCUUGUUUCAGA